CACGUCCACCUUUUUAACUAUUGUUAUUUUAAUUACGUUUUAUUUAAAUAUUGACACAAUUAAAUAUUUUUUUUACUGAUAAGACUAGUCUUAUCAAGAAUGUGGACUUUUAUAGCUGUGCUUUUGAAUUGUUUUUUGACCCAAUGAUUAUCUAAACUCGUGAAACUUAUAUUUGAAUUUUACUAAUUUUGCAAAUUCGACUUUUUAACGUAACGUUUUUUACAAAAAUAUUUAUUUUGAAGCGAUAAUCACUUUUAGAUAAGUAUAAUAGUAAUUAUUAGUAUUAAGAAGAAUGCUAUGAUAAGCUCUGGCUGGAUAAGGUGAGGAAAAAAUAUGGCACAUUCUCCGGGCUCCCUGCUUGACACGGAUUCUUGGUUUCACUCUGGAAUUUCGAGAGAUGAAGCGGAACAAGUGCUUAUCAGCGAUGGAGAAGAGGGUUCAUUUCUCGUGAGAGAGAGCAGCUCGUCCGUCGGCGACUAUGCCGUCUCCGUCUUAUCGGCCGGGGUGGUUCAUCACGUCCAGAUUCAGAGGCAUGAAGGGGACGCGUUCUUCUCGAUUGCUGGAGGACCAAUUAUUCACGGGUUGGAUGAGCUUAUCAAAUAUUACCAGUCCCCCUCGUCUCUCGGAGAUGAUGAUAUCCUCCUGCAAAAAGCAAUCAUCAAGUCGCCACCCCCACCGGAUGGGAGGCGUCACGGCAGAACGAAUUUGCUGCAUCGGGCCACCAAAGAAGGAUCGGGUGAAAUUGUGUCCGGCAUGGUGCGAACGGGUCACCGAUGUAUCGAUGCUAAAAAUGAGGACGGUCAAACUGCCGCCCACAUCGCCGCGAUGCUCGGACUAAAUCCAAUUUUGACCAUUUUAAUAAAUGCUGGAAUAAAUGUGAACGCCAAAGAUUCCGCGAGCUGCACCCCACUCCAUUACGCUUGCAUCAACAAUUUACCAGACACUGUCCGAAUCUUGUUGCAAGAUGGGAACGCCAAUCCGCAAAUUCGAAGAAAUGACAAUGGUUGGGUGCCCAUGCACGAAGCCGCUUUUCGUGGUCACCUCAUGUGCGUCGCAAUCUUGCGGGAAUACUAUGCUCCUCUCAGACCUCGCACGCUGGAUCAUAAGCUUCCCAUCCAUCUCGCAAUUGAGGAGAAUAAAGUGGAAACCAUUCAAUUUUUCGACACUGUGAAAUCGAGGAAGGCUAUCAGCAACCGGGACGAUUGGUACCACGGUCGACUGGGGAGGCAGGAAGCGCUCAAAAGUUUACAGCUUUGUCAACACGCCUCACCCGAGCAUGACCCUUCCACGUCGUACUUUCUGAUUCGGAGGCACUCGCUUAAAAAUGAUGUCUACGUGUUGACCCUACUUUUUCAAGGGCACACUUACAAUUUCGAGAUUGGUCGUGAGGCUAAUUUCUUCUUUAUUGACGACGGGCCAUAUCUGGAUUCUUUAGAGCACGUCGUGGAUCAUUACACUCGUUGGCAGGAUGGGCUCCCCAGCUCCCUGCAUAAUCCGGUCGGACCUACGCAAACAUUUUCACAACCUCCGGCACCAUCGAGAAGCAAUUCGACCACGGAUGUGCUCCAACUUCCUCCCCCUCUGCCACGAAGGACAGCAAUGUCCUGCUCGCCAAACACGCUCCAUAGACUCUGCCAUGAUUUAGAGAACAAUAAUUUGGAGAGAGAACGAGAACAACAGCAACGGAGUUUGCCACCGUUUAGUCGGGAACGUAUCCCACACGAACUCGUCGAACUGGGCGAGUCUCUCGGAGGUGGCGAGUAUGGUGAAGUUUUUGAGGGAAAGUUGACCAUGGGAAAUAGCGGAACUGUAAUCGACGUGGCUGUAAAAACUUUAAAGAAUGACGAAGGACAAAUGAACGAGUGGACGAUGAAAGAGUUCCUUCGCGAGGCUAAAGUCAUGAUGGAGCUGGAACAUGAGCAUAUCGUGAAAAUUAUUGGAAUUACAUGCGAACCAAAAAUAUUCAUGGUGCAAGAGCUUCUCGCACUCGGAUCACUGCAAGCAUUUCUACUCGAUCAUCCCGACCAAGUCAUGCCAGACAGAGACCUUCGCAAGUGGGCUCAUGAAAUUGCGAAAGGAAUGGUUUAUCUGCAACGGAAAAGAUUCGUGCAUCGUGACUUGGCCGCAAGAAAUAUUCUCUUGUCGAAGGACCGAGUCGCAAAAAUUAGUGAUUUCGGUCUCUCGAGAGCUUUAGGAGGAAACAGUGACUACUACACGGCCACGCAUGGGGGCAGGUGGCCGAUAAAAUGGUAUGCCCCGGAAUCCUGCAGUCAUGGAACCUUCUCCCACGCGAGUGACGUCUGGUCUUUCGCCGUCACACUUUGGGAAUUAUACAGCUUUGGUGAAACUCCUUUUGGGCAGGAAACCACGGGAAGAGAGGUUAUCGAAAUGGUCGAGCGUGGAGAACGCCUCGACAAGCCGAAACACUGUCCCGACAAGAUUUACUCCGUUAUGAAAAAAUGCUGGAACAUGGAUCCCGAUCUGCGACCAACGUUCACCUUUUUGGAAAACUUUUUCGCCAACCCGAUCCUCGCUGCGAUGGUGCCCUCCUCCACAGAGAGUUCUACUACACCGGAACAGCCUUCCUCGUCACAACAACACGUCCACGAUGACAACUUGAUGAUUGAUCUGAACGAUAAUAAUGAUGGUGGCGGAGUCACUUAUACGAAUACGAUUGAGCGCCCCAGACCUCGUCCCAGUGUUCCAGGAGGGACAGCGUCAACUACGCCACUAAAUGAUUUGAAUAGAUUGUCCAAUUCUGUCGAAAGUGUUCAACUCAUCAAAUGGGAUUGAUUAAGAAUGGAAGUUUCGCAGCUUAAUCCCUUCUUCAAUUAAUUAAUUAAGUCACAAAACAGAAGCAUGCCAGGAUUUGUAAAGUUUUGUGUGAGAUUCAGUCAUAUUUUACAAUUGUGACAAUAAUUAAUACUACAAAAUCGGCCAUAAAAGAUUCUAUCUGAAAUCUACAAAUUUAUAGAGAGCUAUUUACUAAAUGUUCUUUGAUAAGUAUGUAAUCCACAAAUUAUAGAGAGCUGUUUACUAAAUGUACGAAAUGUUCCUCGAUAAGUAUACAAUAGGCAGUUAUCAAACCUGCAUUUCUCAAAUUUCCGUAAAUUGUCAUGUCUCUUGAAAUAAGUACAAAUUUCUGGAAACUAAUCUUGAAACCAUUCUUCACCGUCGUCUCAAUGUUUUUCAUAUUUUUUCCGGAAAUUUUGACUUAACUAAAGAGACAUGAUAAUUUAGGGAAAUUUUAAAAACGUAGAUUUGCUAAUUGCCCAAUAUUGCUGCGAUAUUUUACAAUAAUUGCCAUUCCACAGAUUCUGGUGUACAUAUUUAUUUACAUUUUAAGAACAAAUCCCAAAAAAUGAACAAGUGCUAUAUUAUAUUACCUAUACAAUAUUUUGAACAAAGAAAGAAACCAAUUUUCAUAUUUUGAAAAGUGCUAGAGAAAAGUGCUAGUUUUACUUACACGACGACAGAGAUCAAAGUUUUAACAAAUUUUACAACAAAUAUAUUAUGCCAAACGUAAACUAAAGAUGUAGAUUUUAGCUCGUAUUAUAUUUACCUGCAUGGAAAAUAGAAGGUCAAAAAAAUUGCAAUCUUUACUUUAAUACCGUCCCAAUAAAUCAUGAAAUGCUGUCCAUUUUAGCUUACAUUUUCAUACGAAUAAAAAUAUAAAAUGUG